AUGUCCGAUAAUAAAGAAAACGUCACUGUCCUCUCGUCUAACAUCCAAGUAUCAAAGGAAACUACAAACGACGUAGUUCCGCAGAAGAAAGAAAGCGGCGAAUCUGAGCCUUCUUUCCAAGAUAAACCCUUCCAAUUAGCUGAUAAGGAUAUUCUGAGUUCGGAAGCUAUCGAUGUUUCCAAACAAAUCGAAACGUUGUACCGCGAGGGAAGGCGUUCAGCAUUGCUCAACAAACACUCAGCGGCUUUAAAGCCGUUGUCAGAGUGUUGCGAGUUGAUCGCCAAGCAUCGGGGUGAGACGCACUGGACGAUGGCCGAGUGUGGUUACUGGUAUGGCAACGCGUUGAUGAAGGUUUCACUGGCUAACAGUGAUAUUUUCGGCAGUAAAAUUCCGGCGGAAAAGCCAGAAAAUGAUGAAGAUGAUGAAGAGGACGCUCCCGCUCUCGGAUCAAUUAACGAAGAGCCUGCGAAUUCGGAUCAACCGGGGCCCUCCAGUGCUGAGCCAGGACCAUCAUCUUCUAACGAUAUCGAUGGAACGAGUGAUGAAAUCUCUGACCAUGAGCUGGCUUAUGAAUGGCUCGAGUUAGCACGAACUAUCUUCGCUAAACAUGAAACCGAGAAAAGUCAGCUUCGACUUUGCGACUGUUUGAGAGAUCUAUCGGAACUCAAAAUGGAAGAUGAGAAAUUCCAGGAAUCAGUCGAAGAUACAAAAACUUUAAUCGAGAUUCAAAAGAAGUUUCUCGAUCCGAAUGGCCGAGAUGUUGCUGCUUCGUACUAUGAACUCGGAGUUAUGGAAGAAAUGCUCCAAAUGCCUCAAGAUGCACUUAAAUCAUUCAAAGAGGCGCAUACUCGACUGGCGGAUCUUGAAGCCAGUGCCAAGAAAAAGCUAGCGGAUGCUAGUGCUGAAGAAGCUGGCAAGCUGAUGAAGGAGCACAGCGAUCUGAAAGAGAUCCUUCCCGAGGUAGCAGCAAGAAUCGAUGGUUGCCAACUCGCAAUCAAAGAGUACGACGAAGUUAAGUCGACUCUGAAGGAUAUGAUGAAGCAGACACUCACCGGUGCUCCAAUCACUAGCAUUCCCACUGUAACGGGUCUCAGUGCUGCUCAGCCAGCGCAGUCUUCAGUUAAUCAACUCACGGCCAAACGAAAAAUAAAGACGGAUACAAAGAGUGAAGCCGAUCAGCCAGCAAAGAAAGCGAAAGAAACUGAACAAUAG